AUGUGGCAUCUUGUUCAGAUAUUGGCAGCAUCGCGACUUUGGUUUAGUGAUGGAAAUCCAAUUGCGGCACGGCGAGGCGGCCAUGGCGUAUCGUCUCGCCUCAUUGUCGACGGACAAGGGUUCCUAGAUGUCACCGAGAUGCGCUCAUUGGACUCGAUGGUUCUAGAUGCUAAUGGAGCAACUCUAUGGUUGAAGAGACACGAGAGAUGUAGCAGCCGCUUUGCUUGCCCGUCGCUGCAAAACAGUCCAUACCCGCUGAGCCUGUCUCUUCGAAUUGACGAUGGUGGCAACUUCAACCUGAGCAUCGUCAACACCCCGCCCAUAAUGACAGCCUGUUAUAGCAUUUCGAAACAAGUGUCAGGCCGCCUCAAGCCUCUGCCCGAGAUCUCUGCCGACGAUGCAGCCUUCAUCAGUAAAAUGAUUGAGCAGAAAUUCAUACCGUACCAGAACAUCACGGAUGGCCCAACGAGACCCAUUCAAGAAAUCAGGGCUUUAGGAAGACAAUACUUUCCCUUUACACCCUACUACUUUGAGCUUGCCGCGACUCUUUACGACUGGACAACGGCGUCGUUUGCGCGCAUGGUGCUCUUCAAAAUCUUCCAGUACACCGGCAUCGACUCCGGGGUCGCAGCGCUUCCUCAUCCUUUGGAUCGUGAGAGCCUUGCCAUCAACAUUUGGCAGAGCAACUUUUCCGUAUACACGCCCCAGAAUGCAGACUACAUGCGAGCCUUUUUGAUGCAGCCCGCGCAUUCGUUUGACAACCUCACUGCCCAGCUCGAAGAUGUCAUCGAUCAGGUGUACGACUUUAGCGAGAUCGAAAACCGCCUUCUGGUUGCUGCUAUGCAGUCGAUGCCCCGGACGUCGAUCGCUUCGAGGCCACGGCUGUUUAGCGGACAGGUUGACAUGGAGCAACUCGGCACAGGGCGGUUCGGCAUCGAGUUUGAAGAGUGUCCGCUUAACGAGGGUCCUGCUGGGGUCGAGCUGACGCAUUCACUGACGGAUGCCCUGGCCAGUUACAUGGCUGCUGGGAACAUCAUCACGACCAAGAUGGUCUGGAGUUUUACGGAUAGCAUGGAAGAGGCAAUGCAUUAUUCCAACGGGAUCGUGCUUGUGUUGAACCCCCCGGCAGGAGCCUCGUCGUGGGACAGUGUAUCGUUUGUCACGCCGCUAUCUGACGAUCCGGCCAAGAUGGAAUGUACAGCUGCUCCGGGCACCAAGUUUGAGAUUCGGUCUAUUCAAUAUGGCGCUGUUGUUUCGGGUAAGCCGGUGACGAUUAUCGGGUUGGAGCCAGUGUUGGGGCGAGAUGGGCCGUUGAAGACACAGCUGACGCUUGAAGAGAUUCGUCAGCAACGAUUAAGUGCGAAUGUAGUUGAGCAUGAUGAUCUGGACGGCCUCGGCCGCAUCGUCGUUUCGGGCGUCACGUUGGCAGCGUUGGUAGCGAUUGCAUUGGCCUUUUUACCGUCGUUUCUGGGCCUGGAAUCUUUUUCGUCUUUGGGCGUGUCAGAGCUGAAGCCGAGGCCGGAGCCGCAGGAUAUACAGACACAGACACAGAGACAGAGACAGACACAGACACAGACACAGACACAGACGCCGACCAACAUCCUCGACGACACAAUGGCCUCGCUGCGCCGGGCUGCUCCGCUGGUGUUUCCCGCCCUGGGCCGGCAUACGGCCACCGUCAUCUUCAUCCACGGGUUGGGCGACAGCGGCAACGGCUGGGCUGAUGCCGUGCAGAUGUGGCAGAGGAAGCACCGGCUGGACAAUGUCAAGUUUGUGCUGCCAAACGCUCGCGUCAUGCCCAUCACAAUGAAAUCUCUCGGUCGCGUGUUCGGCAAAACCCUGGACGCCAAAUCUCGCGAUGAGGACGAGGCCGGCGUUCUCGAGUCUCGUGCCUAUCUGUACUCCCUCAUCCAGCAAGAGGUUGCAGACGGCAUCUCGUCCGAAAGCAUCGUGAUUGGCGGCUUUUCCCAAGGCGGCGCCAUGAGCGUCUUCUCUGGCCUGACGGCUCCCUUCAAGCUUGGUGGCAUUGCCUGCUUGUCCGCCUGGCUGCUUCUCGAACACAAGUUCAAGGAGUUCAUCCCAGAGGCAAACCCGAACAAGGAAACUCCAGUCUUCAUGGGGCAUGGAGAUUCCGACCCGUUUGUUCUUUAUGAUUGGGGGCUGGCCACUCAGCAAAAGCUCCAGGAGUUGGGGUUUGACGUGAAGCUGAAGGCAUAUGAGUGA